CUAAAUCGGAACUAGAGCAAUAACUCACAAGAUUCAAACCAAGAGUAAAUUUGGAAUCUUCCAAGAUGAAUAGGGAAGCUUUUAAGACCCCAAUAUGACAUGUCCCAUGUUUCAUAAAUGAUUUUUUUUUUUUUUUUUUUUUUUUUUUUUUUUUGAUAAUAUGUUUCAUAAAUGAUUUAUGAAUGUAUUUGUAAUCUCCCGCUAUUAAGGCCAAAAUUGUCAAAAUAACAAAAUUAUCCAUCCCACUUCUACCUCCACCUUUGAUGGAUCCUCCUCUGCUUUCGCUGUAAAAAUUAAUAAUUCAAUUUCUUUUCUUUGAUUCCAAACCCUAGAUUUCUGUCUCCUUCCUAACACCCCCUUUGUCUUAACUUUCUCUCUCCUCUCUUCUUCAUUUCCAAUCUCAAAUUCAUCACUCUCAAAAACAAGAAAAAAAAGGAGGUAAUUACAGCAAAACUUAAUUCAAAUCAAUCCCAAAUGUUACCUAAUAUUCAUCAAUUUAUCACCUUGAUUGAUUUCCCACCCAAUUUUUUGAUAUAAUUUUGUGGGUUUUUUAUAAUUUCAUUGAUUUCCCACGUAAAUUAAGCUAAUUUUUUUUGUUGGGUUCUGAUUUGAUUUGAUUAAUUGAUUGAUUACCCACUAAAAUUCCCCUGAUUUUCUUGGUGGGUUUUCAAUUUUUUGUUCAAUUAAUCACAAAUUUGAUCUGGGGUUUUGAUUUUUGAGGAAAAUUCCAAUGAUUUCAGACCCAGAUCUCGUACGCUACGCUUGCGUAGCUCAUCAUCGUUCUUUAGAUUCAUCAACGAUUUUGGGCGAAUUUAACUCAGCUGACUCGGCGCUUCAACAACUCGCUCAUCAAUGUCUUCACUCUGUUCCACCACAUCACAGCAUUUUUUCUCACUCAUAUCGAAAUCAAGCUUACACCUUUUUGCUAAAUGAUGGGUUUGUUUAUUUUGGGAUAUUUGAUUCAAAAUUGAGAAAAUCUGAUCAAAUUCAAUUCUUGGGUUGUUUGAAGGAAACUUUUCAUCAUAUAAUCAAUGGAAAAUCAGAUAUCAAGUUUUCAAAUUUUUGCCUUCAAGGUGAGCUUCACCCAAUUUUUCAUAAAUUGUUGUCAAAAAGUUGUGAUUUUGAUGCAUUGCAAUUAAUCCCUAAUGGUGUUCAUAAUAACAAUAACUCGAAACCGGUUUCGAGUAAGAACAAGAAGAUUUUGAAUGUGUCAUUGUUGUCUGCCUCCAAAAUAUGUAAAGGAGUGAAGAAAAAUAAGUUGUUUGAUGAGAGAACAAAUAGUGGUGAGCCUUUGGUUGAUGAUAAAGUUGAUUUGUUAAAUGAGGGUAAUUUUGAUGUUGGUGAUGUUAAAAAUAGGGAAAUUAAUACCCCAAAUGGUAAUUUUUUAAUGGGUGGUGGUGUUGGUGUUGGAAGGAAUAAAGCUAAGAAAAUAUGGAGAAGACAUGUUUGGAUUGUGUUAGUGUUGGAUUUGGCUGUUUGUUUGAUUUUGUUUGGGAUUUGGUUGUUUGUUUGCCGAGGGUUUCAAUGCAUUGAAGGGUAGUAAAAUCUAUCAGAAUUUUCGGUAUAUGAUUUCGACAAGCUUGUUCAUCAUCUUGGAUGUGUUCUUUUUUUGAAAUUCAAGGUCAUUUGGUUGAUCUUGGAUUUUGUGGAUUUGAUGUUGAAGACUAUCAUCAUGAAGUGUUUUACAUUUGAUCUUGUUGUACCAUCAAGUUCAUUCAGUUUUAUGUCCAAAGAGUAGGAAUUACUUUUGAGUGUAAUUCAAAAAAUGGGGAUAACUUCAUGUUUUUGAGCUUAUUUGGUCUAGCUAAUAUGAUAAUUUGGGGUUAAUAUUUAGUAACCCUUUAAUUUGUAUUAGUUGAGGAUCAAUUAGCUUUUGUUAUACAUCCCCUUGUUAAAUCUGUUUUUAUGUAAUUCUUUGAUACUGUGUAUAGGAGGAAAGUCAGGAAACCAUCAAUAUGUUACAGUGUUACUUGUGCAGGCUGUUUCAAAUUUUAAUGGAUAUGAUUAUAACUUUUCAUCUUGUUUCAACUA